GUGUGCGUGUUUUGUACGAAGUUACAGCGAUGGCGGACGCCGCUGCUAGAUCACUUCAGUAUGAAUACAAAGCGAACUCCAACCUUGUGCUGCAAGCUGACCGCUCGCUGAUCGAGCGACGCAGCAGGGAUGAGGCGACAGGAGAGGUCAUGUCACUCGUCGGCAAGCUCACUGGUUCCAAGAUGGGCGACCGCUACCAGCGUACACGUCCUCAGGGUCUGGAGGAGCGCCGAUCAAAAAUUAUCUUGCGAGAAUACCUGACAAAGCUGUCUGAUAAAUCAUAUAAGCAGCCAAUGUAUUAUAACUCCAACCUUGUGCUGCAAGCUGACCGCUCGCUGAUCGAGCGACGCAGCAGGGAUGAGGCGACAGGAGAGGUCAUGUCACUCGUCGGCAAGCUCACUGGUUCCAAGAUGGGCGACCGCUACCAGCGUACACGUCCUCAGGGUCUGGAGGAGCGCCGAUCAAAACGGCAGAAGCGAGACGAUGCCCGCUAUGACAUGAUGAAGAUCAAGGGACAAACUCUACUCUCACAAGGAAUUGAGGACAUCGUCGGCAUCGUUUACAGACCAAAGACACAGGAGACCCGACAGACCUAUGAGGUGCUGCUAAGCUUCAUACAAGCAGCUCUUGGUGACCAGCCGCGAGACAUUCUGUGCGGUGCAGCGGACGAGGUCCUGCAGACACUGAAGAAUGACAAGGUGAAGGACAAGGAGAAGAAGAAGGAGGUGGAGCAGCUGUUGGGUAGUCUCGCUGAUGAACGUUUUGCACUGCUCGUCAACCUGGGCAAGAAAAUCAACGACUAUGGCUUAGACGAGAGACAGCAAGUCAUGGAGGAGAACAUCGAUGAGACGUAUGGUGUCAACGUCCAGUUUGAGGAAUCUGAUGAAGAGGACGAUGAGGACCAGUUUGGAGAGGUGCGAUCUGAUGACGAUGAAGAGGAGGAGGGCAUAGAGGCAGAGAUGGACAGCACCCUGCAAGCAAACCUUGCAGGUGAGGACCUUGCAGGAGGGAAAGGAGCGAAAGCGCUGCAUCCGCGUGACAUAGAUGCAUUCUGGCUUCAGCGGAAGCUAGGGAAAUUCUACGAUGACGCGAUGGUGGCGCAGACGAAAGCGGCAGAGGUGUUGGAGAUACUCCAGACGGCGAUCGAUGACCGAGACACGGAGAACCAGCUGGUGCUGUUGCUCGGCUUCACUCACUUCGACUUCAUCAAGGUGCUGCGUCAGCAUCGCCAGAUGAUUCUGUACUGCACGCUGCUGGCACAGUCGCAGAGUGAGGCUGAGAAGAAGUGCAUCGAAGAGAAGAUGGAGGCGGACGCAGCGCUGAAGCUGGUGCUGCACGCUCUAGGCGAGACCGACAAGGAGGACAUAGUGCAGGAGGAGCGCGCGAGGAAGGCAGCCGUGAGGCAGGCGCGUCUCGAAGAAUCCGAGGCGAUGGACACGGGCGGCGAGACGAAGCAGGUACCGGAGAGACAGCUGGACCUCGACGACCUGACGUUCAGCCAGGGCAGUCACUUCAUGGCGAACAAGCGCUGCCAGCUGCCGGACGGCUCGUUCAGGAAGCAGCGCAAAGGUUACGAAGAGGUGCACGUGCCGGCGCUGAAACCAAAGCCGUUUGCCGUCGACGAGACGCUGUUUCCCAUCGACAAGCUGCCCAAGUACAGCCAGGCGGCGUUCGAGGGAUUCAAGACGCUCAACCGCAUCCAGAGUCGCAUCUUCAAGACAGCGAUGGACAGCGACGAGAAUCUGCUCAUCUGCGCGCCGACGGGCGCUGGUAAGACUAACGUGGCACUGCUUGCUGUUAUGAGAGAGAUUGGCAAGCACAUCAACAUGGACGGCACGAUCAACGUGAACGAGUUCAAGAUCAUCUACGUUGCACCGAUGAGGUCGCUCGUACAGGAGAUGGUUGGCAACUUCAGCAAGAGGCUUGCGAGCUACAACAUACAGGUGUCGGAGCUGACGGGCGACCACCAGCUGAGCAAGGAGCAGAUCCAGGCAACCCAGAUCAUCGUCUGUACGCCGGAGAAGUGGGACAUCAUCACGCGCAAGGGCGGCGAGAGGACCUACACCCAACUCGUCCGUCUCAUGAUAUUCGAUGAAAUCCACAUGCUUCACGAUGACCGUGGACCAGUCCUUGAAGCCCUGGUUGCCAGGACUAUACGUAACAUUGAGACCACACAGGAGGAAGUGCGGUUGGUUGGCUUGAGCGCUACACUCCCCAAUUAUGAGGAUGUCGCUACGUUCCUCCGCGUUGACACAGCCAAGGGAAUGUUUUACUUCGAUAAUAGCUACCGGCCAGUACCUCUAGAGCAGCAGUACAUCGGUGUGACGGAGAAAAAGGCACUAAAAAGAUUCCAGGUGAUGAAUGACAUCGUGUACGAAAAGACAAUUGAGCACGCGGGUCGAAACCAGAUCCUCAUAUUCGUGCACUCGCGCAAGGAGACCGGCAAGACGGCGCGCGCGAUCCGUGACAUGUGCCUCGAGAAGGACACGCUGGGAAACUUCCUACGGGAAGGCUCGGCGUCGACCGAGAUCCUGCGCACGGAGGCUGAGCAGGUGAAGAACCUCGAGCUGAGGGAUCUUCUGCCGUAUGGCUUCGCGAUUCAUCACGCGGGCAUGACGCGCGUCGACCGCACGCUGGUGGAGGAUCUAUUUGCCGACCGUCACAUCCAGGUACUUGUGUCGACCGCUACACUGGCGUGGGGAGUCAACCUGCCCGCGCACACGGUCAUCAUCAAGGGCACGCAGGUGUACAACCCUGAGAAGGGCCGCUGGGUCGAGCUGGGAGCCCUCGAUGUGCUGCAGAUGAUGGGUAGAGCUGGCAGACCGCAAUAUGACACUAAAGGUGAAGGCAUCCUGAUCACCAACCAUAGUGAGCUGCAGUACUACCUGUCUCUGCUCAAUCAACAGCUUCCGAUCGAGAGUCAGAUGAUCAGCAAGCUGACGGACAACCUGAACGCGGAGGUGGUGCUCGGCAACAUACAGAACGUCGGCGACGCGAUGCAGUGGCUCGCCUACACCUACCUCUACAUCCGCAUGCUGCGCUCGCCGACGCUCUACGGCGUCUCGCACGACGAGGCCAAGCUGGACCCGCUGCUCGAGCAGCGGCGCACCGACCUCGCGCACACUGCCGCGAUCGCGCUCGACAAGAACAGCCUCGUCAAGUACGACCGCAAGGCUGGUCAGCUGCAGGUGACGGAGCUGGGUCGCAUCGCCAGCCACUACUACUGCACGAACGAGUCGAUGUCGACAUACAACCAGCUGCUGAAGCCGACGCUGAGCGAGAUCGAGCUGUUCAGGGUCUUCUCGCUGUCGUCCGAGUUCAAGUACAUCACCGUGAGGGAGGAGGAGAAGCUUGAGCUGAACAAGCUGCUCGAGAGGGUGCCCAUCCCGAUAAAGGAAAGCAUCGAGGAGCCCAGCGCCAAGGUGAACGUGCUGCUGCAGGCUUACAUCUCACAGCUGCGUCUGGAUGGCUUUGCGCUCGUUGCGGACAUGGUCUACGUCACACAGUCAGCCGGCAGACUCAUGCGCGCUAUCUUUGAGAUCGUGUUGCACCGCGGCUGGGCGCAGCUAGCCGACAAGGCACUCGCACUCUGCAAGAUGAUCAACAAGAGAAUGUGGCAGUCCAUGACACCACUGCGGCAGUUCAAGAAGAUUCCGGACGAGAUCAUAAAGAAAAUCGAAAAGAAGAACUUUCCCUUCGAGCGAUUCUAUGACCUUGGACCGAACGAGAUUGGCGAGCUGAUUCGCGUCCCAAAGAUGGGUAAAACGAUCCACAAGUUUGUGCAUCAGUUUCCCAAGCUGGAGUUGGCGGCACACAUCCAGCCAAUCACGCGUUCUACCCUUCGUGUUGAACUAACCAUAACGCCGGACUUCCAGUGGGAUGAGAAGCUACAUGGAAACUCUGAGGCGUUCUGGAUCCUCGUCGAGGACGUGGACAGUGAGGUGGUGCUGCACCACGAGUACUUCCUGCUGAAGCAGAAGUUCUGCGAGGACGAACACGUCAUCAAGUUCUUCGUGCCGGUCUUCGAGCCGCUGCCGCCGCAAUACUUCAUCCGCAUCGUCUCCGACAAGUGGAUCGGUUCGGAGACGCAACUGCCCGUGUCCUUCAGACAUCUCAUCUUGCCGGAGAAGUACCCUCCUCCCACGGAGCUGCUGGAUCUACAGCCGCUGCCUGUCACUGCUCUGCGCAACGAGGCAUUCGAGGCUCUCUAUCAGGAGAAGUUCCCCUUCUUCAACCCCAUACAGACGCAGGUGUUUAACGCUGUGUACAACUCCGAUGACAACGUGUUCAUCGGAGCGCCCGUCGGCAGCGGUAAGACCAUCUGUGGGGAGUUUGCGAUUCUUCAUCUACUCGCGCAGGAGCAGUCGGACGCUCGCUGCGUCUACGUGUCACCACAGGAGGCGAUCGCUGAGCAGGUCUACACGAUUGGCACAACAAGUUUGCCUUACAGCUCGGUAAGAAGGUGGUUCUUCUCACUGGAGAGACAGGGACUGAUCUCAAACUGCUACCGCAUGUCAUUCUUACAUAAAUAUAUCCACCUGAGAAAGUGGGAUGUGUUGUCAAGGCGAUGGAAAACAGCGAAGAACGUUCAGAACAUUCACCUGUUCAUCGUUGAUGACCUUCAACUGAUUGGAGGAGAGAUGGGCCGGUCAUACGAGGUCGUGUGCUCGCGCAUGCGGUUCAACAUCAGCACAACGGCGUCGGCGUCUGCUCGCGAUGGUCAAGCCCGCUACAACCACAUGCUCAAGGUGGAACACGAGGUGAGAGGUAGUUACGCGGAUGCAGGGUGGAACAACGAGACACUGAGAGAAACGUUGACGAACGGAGUUGCUUACCUCCACGAGGGUCUCACCGACCUUGAUCGCAAAAUAGUCGAGCAGCUGUACACCAGUGGCGCCAUCCAGGUGGUGGUGGCAUCGAAGAACCUGUGUUGGGGGUUGACGAUCAAUGCUCAUCUGACCGUCAUAAUGGACACGCAGUACUACAACGGCAAGAUACACGCCUACGUCGACUACCCCAUCACCGACGUACUGCAGAUGGUCGGCUGCGCCAACCGCCCCCUGGUGGAUGAGGAUGGAAAGUGUGUCAUCUUGUGCCAGGGCUCAAAGAAGGAGUUCUACAAGAAGUUCCUCUACGAACCCCUGCCAGUCGAAUCUCACCUCGAUCACUGCCUGCACGACCAUUUCAACGCCGAGAUCGUCACGAAGACGGUGGAGAACAAGCAGGACGCCGUCGACUACAUCACGUGGACGUUCCUCUACCGACGCAUGACCCUCAACCCCAACUACUAUAACCUGCAAGGCGUGUCGCACCGUCACCUCUCCGACCACCUCUCGGAGCUCGUCGAGACGACCUUGUCCGACCUUGAGCAGUCCAAGUGCAUCAGCGUCGAGGACGAGAUGGACGUGGCGCCGCUCAACCUGGGCAUGAUCGCCGCUUACUAUUACAUCAACUACACGACCAUCGAGCUGUUCAGCAUGUCGCUGAAUGCGAAGACAAAGAUCAAGGGUCUGAUCGAGAUCAUCUCCUCCGCGGCAGAGUACGAGAACAUUCCCAUCAGACACAACGAGGACACCAUCCUCAAACAGCUGGCCACCAGACUGCCCAACAAGCUGACAACGCCAAAGUUCACCGACCCACACGUGAAGAGCAACCUGCUCUAUCAGGCACACAUGUCACGCAUGCAGCUGUCUGCGGAACUACAGAGUGACACGGAGGAGAUCCUGAGCAAGGCGGUGAGGCUAAUCCAGGCCUGCGUAGACGUACUCUCUAGUAAUGGCUGGCUGUCACCGGCCCUCGCAGCCAUGGAGCUGGCACAGAUGACCACACAAGCAAUGUGGAGUCGCGACUCAUACCUUAAACAGUUGCCGCAUUUUGGACCAGAACUAAUCAAGAAAUGCACAGAAAAGGGCAUCGAGACCGUAUUCGAUGUCAUGGAGAUGGAGGACGAAGACCGGAAUCAGCUGCUGAAGCUGACUGAUGCGCAGAUGGCCGACGUCGCGCGCUUCUGCAACCGCUACCCGAACAUCGAGAUGACCUACGAGGUCGUCGACAAGGAGGGCAUCAGCGGUGGCAGCACGGUGAAUGUGACAGUGACGUUGGAGCGAGAAGAUGAGGUAGUCGGACCGGUCAUUGCACCGUUCUUUCCACAGAAGCGAGAAGAGGGCUGGUGGGUCGUGAUUGGCGACCCCAAGUCCAACUCGCUCAUCUCCAUCAAGCGGCUGACCUUGCAGCAGAAGGCUAAGGUCAAGCUCGACUUUGUCGCUCCAUCGGAGGGCGCACACUCGUACACGCUGUACUUCAUGAGCGAUGCGUACCUCGGCUGCGACCAGGAGUACCGGUUCACCAUCGAUGUGCGCAAGAACGCCGACAGCGACAUGAGUGGCAGCGAAAGUGACUAGUGAUGCCGCCUUACUCACUGCGCGCUAGGUGGUGGCAUGCAUUGAUUCACUGGUACCGCGACCAGGAGACUGAAUUUAUUGAAUUCAUGUUAGGCACCAUUGCAGUAUGCAUUUAUGUCAUUGGCAUAUAAACUAGUGUAUAAACUCACGUUCAUACAACUGUCCCUUGACACGUUGAAUCGACGUUUGUGUGGCAUCUUGUUCGUAUAUAAACGAGUAUGUUGCGUGCAAAACUGUUGAUGGCUUGUGCCAUUGGUCUGUAUAGUGACCGUCUAAAUUUGUGUGUGGAGUAGAGUGACUGCUGGUGUGAACUUUUCUUAUAUGACCAUUGAUUGUGUGUGACCUUGGAGACGUGAUUUGUCUUCGAUAAUUAGUGGUAUAUGUUGUAAAAUCUUAUAUGUCAACUGGAUAUUAUUAGCACUGGGAUAGUGAUAGGUAGUGAAGCCGUGAUAGCUGACCAACAUAAUACAAUAAAAAAACAUGAAGACUGUCAAUAUUGCAAAUUUUUCCAUAAUGCUAUUGAGUUAUAUGGCCCAAAAAAUUCUUAUGGGAUAUGUAUAUAUAUAUAUACAUACAUACAUACAUGCACACAUUCACGUACGUUGUUAACUAGCUAGUUCUAAUUGUAAAUAGUCUGAGGUUAGAUGAUUUGUAGUGCUGAAUCACUCUGUGUUUAGCCGCCUGUGCACAAGGUUUUUAUCCAUCCGCUUUUGAGUAGUUGAAAUCGAGAAUAAGAUUUCACAUAUGGACCACUUAUAGUGCUGAGAGGGCACACAAGUGAAGGAUUUCAUGGCAUACGUAAAGAUGUGGAUUGUUGUGACAAGCAGGCACCGGCCCUACAGUAGCACCCGGCACUGCAGUAACAUCAUGAACAUCUCAAAAACAUAAUCUAACUAUCAUAUACUGGCAAUAGAAUUGUACACGUCGGUGUCACCGGCCGAGUUGGAAAUAAUGUUAUCAUUUCUUUGUGAAGCCGAUAAACGAUGAUGUCUUCACUAUACUUCCACUAUAUUGGAUUUAUUUUUCAAUUUAACGCAUGUGAUUAUAUACAUGUAAGAUGAUAGGUUUGUGAUCAUCAAGGUUAAUUAAAGUUCAUUUUCCCACCUA